AUGACUAGCUCUUUAAAGCGGCUAACCUCGAAUGAUGGUGCAGACUGCAAUGCAGAUAAGAAGCGAUUCCAAGUGGACUACAGUGGCUCGACACCUGUUGCAGUCUUGGUAAGUCUUAUUCCGGGAAGGGAAGGCAAAUACACCAUUCAGGCCAAACCAGUGACCACUAUCGGUCGUAGUCGAAAUUGCGAUAUUGCCCUUACCGAACCUGAUAUUUCCACGACACACUGUGAACUUUGCGUUCUCAGCGUCGAAAUAGACGGUGGUAGCCGACAAAUUGUGAAUAUCGUUGAUCGAAGCCGGAACGGGACUUUUGUGAACGGCAACAGGCUGGUAAAAAAGGAUUAUAUUCUGCGAAAUGGUGACAGGAUAGUCUUUGGUAAAAGCUGCUCGUUCUUGUUCAAAUACCUAGUGGUCGAGCAGGAAGCUGGACUGAAAGAUGCGUCUGAAUCAGAUGUGACUUUUGAAGGGAGCGGUUCGGCCAAAGGACAAUUCAAAAAACCAUCGUUGAGUAGUCAAGAUUUCAUCAUUAGAAGUAGCGCGCCGCUCAGACGACCCACAUUUUACGACAGGUUUGUUUUAGGGAGAGAAUUGGGAACAGGUCACUACGCCAUUGUGAAGCAAGCAACAGACAAGGAUAGCGGAGAUGUGGUUGCAGUCAAGAUCUUCCAUCCACAACAGAAUGACGACCAAAAAAAGACAACUCAGUUUAGAGAAGAGACCAAGAUUUUAAUGAGCAUACAACACAAAAACAUCGUCAAGCUCAUCGACAGGUUCGUUGAGCCUAUCAGCAAGUCCCAGAUGCAGACGUAUUUGGUCUUGGAAAAGGUAAAUGAUGGAGAGCUGUUCGACAGAAUUGUGAGGAAAACGAAAUUGGGGCAAGAAGAAACUAAUGCUAUCUUUAGACAGAUUCUCCACGGUUUGAGGUAUCUUCACACCAAAAAUAUCAUUCAUCGAGAUAUAAAACCCGAAAACAUACUUUUGAACAUCCAGAAGAGGAGGCAUUCAGAGGAAAAGCAGCGUGGGCCCUGGGACAAAGACGAAAUUGACAUAACUAUCAAGAUUGCCGAUUUUGGCCUAGCAAAAUUUAUUGGUGAGAUGCAAUUUACAAACACUUUAUGCGGAACGCCUUCUUAUGUGGCUCCUGAGGUGCUCAAAAAGACCGGCUACACUUCAAAAGUUGACCUUUGGAGUGCGGGAGUCCUCUUAUAUGUGUGUUUAUGUGGCUUCCCGCCCUUCAGUGAGCAGCUAAGUCCCCCUUCAAUGAAAGAACAAAUCUUGCAAGGAAAGGUCGCCUUCUAUUCACCAUAUUGGGAUGAUAUAGACGAUAAUUGCCUUCAUUUGAUAUCGAACUUACUAUUAGUAAACCCCGCAUUUCGAUUCGAUGUACAGCAAACGAUAGAUCAUCCUUGGUUUUCGAAGGUAUACUCAGAAAGGGGGACGCCGGCACCUCUUCAGCGGCAGGCCGUUGCCGUCGACAAAAUCCCAAAAACGUAUUCAGAAUUGUCGAGCCUUCAAUGA